AUGCAGCAAUAUAACCUGGUCGACUUGGUUGUUCGAGAGUCUAGGCCAGAACUGCAUAUUACAGCCGAUUUUACACCACAAAACUCACUUGGCGUCCUUAGUUCACCUCCCGAACUCUUGCAACAGCUAGUCGUUGAAACACAAGGUGGCAACACUUGCGCUUGCGUUCGGUGUAUCCCACGGACAACUAUUUGCAGCUCUACGCCCAUCGUCGCCAGAAACGACUUGGCAUUCAUCAUGACGUACGACAUCCGAGCUGCCGAGGGAGUAACCAACACAACUUUGAUAACGAAUCUCGCGACGCACAUGACCAUAGCGGCAUUCACAGUCAUCGCUUGGUACAAUGUUGUCAAACUCAACAUCGCCAUAUACAUGUGGUUUAAGAGAAAGAAGGGUCUCUACUUCUGGUCAAUGCUCUUAUCCACGCAAGGCAUCCUUCUGUAUUCACUCGCUUUCAUUCUCAAAUUGUACAGUCUUGUGACUCAAUACGUGAUUACGUGUACUUUAAUUACCGUGGGCUGGUGUCUCAUGGUGACCGGGCAGUCUCUAGUUGUAUAUUCACGCCUGAAUAUCAUUGUGCCUGAGCAUCGGAGCAUCCCAGCCAUGCUUGUUAUGAUCAUUUGGAACGCAGUUACCUUGCAAAUACCAACUACUAUUCUUGCAUAUGGGUCUAAUUCGCCGCAGCCCGAUAGAUUUAUAAGCGGCUACAGGAUCAUGGGAAUAAUCCAGAUGACAUUAUUCUCAGUCCAGGAGCUCAUUAUCUCUGCUACAUAUACAUGGGCAACGAUCCGAUUCCUGCGCCCGGUUUACAAUAGCCAGGUUCGAUCAGUUAUGAUACAAUUGCUGUGUAUUAAUGUUGCGAUAAUACUGAUGGAUGUAGCAUUGCUAGCAAUGCAAUACGUCAACUACUAUUCCAUCCAAGCAGUUAUAAAGUGUGCGAUUUAUAGCGUGAAGCUAAAGCUCGAGUUUGCGGUACUGAAUCAGUUAGUACGCUUGUCUAAGCCACCUCAGGUUUUCAUUUGGUUUACAGGAACAGCAAUACGCAUUACCAUCGAGAAUAGGGUUGAGCCAAGUCAAACCAGUUGGGGCAUCGGAAAUGGCGAAAAAGGUUUACCACUCAACGACAGGAGAUGGCAAUACAACAUCGACCGUGAUGACAGUUCUGGAGACAUGCUAGCGCUUGUCGGCUAUUGA